CUCCUGUCCAGGAUGUGGCUCCUGUCCAAGUUGCGGCUCCUGUCCAGGUUGCGGCUCCUGUCCAGGUUGCGGCUCCUGUCCAGGUUGCAGCUCCUGUCCGGGCUGCUGCUGCCCCUGCUGUGGUUGUGGCUCCUGCCCCAGCUGUGACUCCUGCACCAACUGCUGUUGCUGCCCCAGCUGCUGCUGCCCCCCGAGCUGCGAUUGUUGCUGCCCUCCAAGCUGCGACUGCUGCUGCCAGCUGUGCUGCUGCCUCCCACGGCUGCUAUGCCAGCUGCCCAAAAUGAUCGGCUGCCCUGUGAACAUCAAGAAGUUCCUGAUCGUCCUGGUGAUUGUGGGUAUUGUGGUGCUGGUUGUCGUGGGGGCUCUGCUGAUGGGGCUCUACAUCACCCAGGCGCACACGGAGGCCCUUCUGCACAUGACCAUUGAUGAGUUGGAUGGAGAAGAAUCCCAGCUGAAGUUCUCCAUGGAUAAGGAAGAAGUCGCCACUUACUAUGUGGAUGAUGGGAUCCACAACCCAGCCACCAUCAUUUAUGAUUUUGCCAAGCUGCUGAUUGGCUACAAGCCUGAACACCAAGAAGCCUGUUACCUAACCAGGAUGGAUAAGGAAAAUAUCCAAGGACUAGAUACUCUCCUCAAGGAAUUCCAGGCCAAGUUGUCUGUCAUGCAUCUCAUGCCAAAGGAGAAAGAGAAAGCACAAGAAGAAUUCUUCACAUCCCAAGUGGAUCGUUCAGGUCUCGGAACCACCAUAAACAUCCUCUGCAAACACAUCCCUAUCUUCUACACUUAGGUAGAAACCUGGAUUGAUGGACAUCCAUGGUCAGCAGGGGUAGGAGGAAGUCGAUGGACGUCACAGUGUCAGCCUCCAAAUGAAGCAAAUUUUGAAAUUCUUUCCUCAGAAACUAUUCUGUGGUGAUACUUGCUGUCCCGUUGUUAAUCCCUGUUCCGCUUUUAUCACCUCUGUUCCCAAUCCCUGCCAACCCCCUUGGAGAUCAUGGGGGAACAAAACCUAGCCGAUUAUUAUAUGUAGCUUGUGCCCAUGCCUUGGAAUGCUAAAUAAUUACUAAUCAAAGUAUGCGAUGCCUUAUGCAACUUAGUACAAAAUUCUAAUAAAAUAAUUGACACAAAA